AUGUGUAUGGCAGCUUGCAUUCUUUUACUGGCCGGGCUUGCUGCUCGUGAAGCACUUGCUCAAGUGAGAGGCUCCGCUGUCGGAUUUGCGGCGGGAACUACGGGUGGAGGUUCGGCCAAGCCACAGUAUCCAUCAACUCUUGCGGAAUUGGAGUUCUGGCUCAGCGAUUCGACUCCCAGGGUCAUAAUGAUCUCACAGACUUGGGAUUUCACCAACCAUCAAGGAAUGACCACUGAGAAAUGCUGUCAAAACUCGUGCCAGCCAAAUGGCCAAUUCUGGAUUAUGGACACCUGCGAUGCCGCCUGGGUCUCAUGCACCUACGCAAAUGCGGCGCGCAAUCCUAUCCAGGUAGGCAGUAAUAAAAGUGUCGUCGGCGUUGGAAGCAGUGGUGUCAUCAAGGGGAGAGGCCUUCGGGUUAUCAACAAUGCCUCAAAUGUCAUUAUCCAAAACAUUCAUUUUACGGGACUGAAUUCCCAGUACGUCUGGGGAGGGGAUGCAAUCACAUUGGAUGACACCCUCGUCAUUUUCCUGUCUAACAUACCAGUCUCCCUUAUCGGCCGACAAAUGAUCGUCUCUGGCUGGGGCGCCGCAGGGCACGUAACCAUUUCCAAUAAUGAGUUUGAUGGAACGACACCGUACUCUGCCAGCUGCAACGGCCAGCAUUAUUGGGUCCUUUUAUUACUUGGAUUGAAGGACUACUACACAUUCGUGGGCAACUACGUCCAUAACGUCUCGGGUCGUGCUCCUCACAUGGGCACUGACUACACCAAAUCCGAGAUUAUCUUCCACGGCGUCAACAACUAUUUCAAGAAUGUUGGUGGGCAUGCGUUUGAUAUUGAUGUCAACACCUAUGUCUUGCUAGAAGGAAACUACUUUGACAACGCUGACACUCCGAUAACGUCUGCCUCGUUGACGAAGAGUAGCUUGUACUCGGUGGUGACGGUGGAUGAUGCUAGCGGGUGCACGAGUAACCUUGGUUACAUCUGUGAGUGGAAUAGGUUGUCCAACUCUGGCAGCUUCCCUUCCUCUAGAAGUUCGGAAGCAUUGUCAAAGUUAUCCGCACACAAGAGCUCCUUGGUUGGGCACUAUGGUGUGGCUGACGUGCCGAAGAGUGUCGUGGCCAACGCCGGUAUUGGAAAGAUCUGA